UGCCACUACAGCAGAGAGGAGAGGCAGUUUACUGCCUGCCUCCCUGGCCUCUUUCUCUCUCUCUCGCUUUCCCUCUCAUACACAUUCACGCAUACACACUCUCACUUCACGUGUGCACACGCACACUCAGUGGAAGUCAGCCGGCUGCCUCUGAGCCUCACUAGAAGCUUCACAGAGAAGAAAUCCUGGUGACUUUAUCCAUCACCUCUGGAUGUUUGCCUGCCUGCGCUCGUCCGUCUCCAGGACUCCCAUGUCCGCACACUUCCAGAUCCAACGCUGUUUGUUUGGACUCUCUUGCUUUUGUUUGCUGCGACGGCUGUCCCUGUCACCAUGGAGGAGUGUUAAUAUCGGAGCUGCCGGCAUUGCUUUUCCCUCCGUUUUCCUUUUCUGGCACUCAAAGAGCAGAAGUGGAUGCCUGGAUUUUUUUUGGUGGCUGCGUGCCGGAGCAGAGUGCUUACCUCAGGAUUUGCAGUCCACUGGGGGGGUAUGAUAAACAGCUGCGAAGGGAGGACGGUUUGCACUGCAGCAUCAGACUGUCAUCUCUUGUUCCACGUUGGGGAUUUUUUCUCGAGGUUGCACAGAUGCACAUAUUUCAGACCCAGAAGCAGCAGCAGCAGCAGCAGCAGCAGCAGAGCCUGGCUGCGUUUUGCAUACACAGAUGGAUUACUGCUACUUUAAGGAUGAGCUCCCUGCCCGCUGAGGGAGAAAAGAUGCUGAUUUAAGAAGAACAGGAGGCAUUUUGGAGCAGAGGACGGGACGAGCAACUUCAGUAUUAAAAAAAGAGACUUGGUUGACGGGAUGACCGCUGCGUUGAGCUGAAACCGUCCCCCUUCUGCUCCCUCCUCCCUCCAGUCCAAACAUGAACUCUUCCUCUGAUGCUAACCAAAGCAGCUCUCCACCGUUCUGCCUGCUGGGCUCCGUGGGAUACUCCCAUAGACUUGAUACCUGUGUGCUGGAGGUGGUCGUCAUCCUCUUCCUCACUGUGCUCAUCAUCGCCGGCAACCUAGUGGUGAUCUUCGUCUUCCACUGCGCCCCACUGCUGCACCACCACACCACCAGCCACUUCAUCCAGACCAUGGCCUAUGCCGACCUGCUGGUGGGCGUCAGCUGCCUGGUGCCCUCGCUGUCCCUCCUCCACUACCUCCGAGGCCUGAAUGAGGAGCUCACCUGUAAGGUGUUUGGCUACAUGGUUUCCGUGCUGAAGAGCGUCUCUAUGGCCUCGCUGGCAUGCAUCAGCGUGGACCGCUACAUCGCCAUCACCCGCCCGCUGUCGUACGCCACGCUGGUGACACCAUGCCGGCUGAGGGUGUGUAUCGUCCUCAUCUGGGUUUACUCCGCUGUGAUCUUUCUGCCCUCGUUCUUUGGCUGGGGGAAGCCGGGUUACCACGGGGACAUAUUUCAGUGGUGUGCAGACUCCUGGAAGACCAACCCAGCGUUCAGCACCUUCAUUGUGGGGCUGCUCUACGCACCAGCAGCUCUCACGGUCUGCUUCACCUAUGGGAGUAUAUUCAGGAUCUGCAGGCAGCACACAAAGGAGAUCACCCAGCGCCACGCCCGCUUUAGCUCACAGACUGAUGCCGAUAAGGGCGAGCGGGGAGAGCGGUGCGAGGGCUGCCCGGACAAACGCUACGCCAUGGUGCUGUUCCGCAUCACCAGCGUCUUCUAUGUGCUGUGGAUGCCGUACAUCCUCUACUUCCUCCUGGAGAGCGCUGGGCUGUAUCACCACAAGGUGGCGUCCUUCCUCACAACAUGGUUGGCCAUUAGCAACAGCUUCUGUAACUGUCUCAUCUACAGCCUCUCCAACAGCGUCUUCCGGAAAGGUCUCUGCCGCCUCUUUAGUCCGUUGUUUACUUCCUGCCUCGGCUGCACAGAUGCCAAGAAGGCUCCAGCUCCAGUCAGCCCGCGACCAGACCCUUGAUGCCAAGGAUGAGCCCUAUUGACGAUGGAUUCGGUUCGCUCACUUUGGAGGAAUCAGCCCUCUAUGUGUGCUUUGCUCUCAGCUGCAUAGCAUGACACAGGUCUUUUUGGUCCAGCAAUGAAGUGUGUUGAGGACCCUCUGCGCUGAGCACAGAGAGGUGCCCGUGCAGAUGCCUGUUGUUCGUCUCAAAGGCUGAUUUUGUGGAAAGGGGAGUCUGUGAAAUUCCUUCUGGGUCUUUCUCAAAUGCUCUUCAGUGUGAUGCUGCUCUUUCAUUGCUGCAAGGAUGACAAGCUGGUGACACGGAGUAACGUAAAGUUUAUGCUGAUGAAGACAGUGCACUGUAGGACGAAGAAUCGUGUCAGUUCAGAGGAUUUUAUUAACAGCUCCGCCUGCACUGACUUAAGAACUCCCAGAUGCAAAAAAGGAAAGCACAACACGACUUGUGUUGUGCAAGCCACUGAAAUGCAAAUAAUAUUUUAAACAUUUUCAAGCCUGACUGAAAAAUCAGCAAAUUGGUUCUUUCAGGGUAGAAGUAGGUGAUGCAAAAAACAACACUUGAAAGAUACUGCUGAUCUGUUUCCCUUUGGGAAACUCCAGAUUCUAAUGAGUUAGUGUAUAAAUAUUAUUUACCAAAAAAUCAUCUGAUAAUCAGCCUGUGUGUGUGAGUUAAAAAUGUGCAUCGGAUGGACCUUAAGCUCAUUUCCCAGAAAGAAGAUUGAAGGUUAUUUAGGAGCUCGUGUGUGUUUUAUCAAAAGGAUUCUUCUCUAUUGAAGUUGGGUGUUAGUGGGAAGCUCCAAGUACGUUUACACAGCCUCGGGUUUCACAUGAAAAUGUUGAUUUAAGAGUUAGCUUUACUUUCUAAGAUGGCCGCUGACCUGGGAAGUUUUCCUGCCAGCAGACACUGGCGGAUCCUCGCCAAUAAAUAAGUUGUAUCUAUUUGGAGAGUUUUAUUCUCUGUUUGCGUUUCCUCCUCAGGUUUAUCAGCAGUUAUUUAAGCCUCUGGGCUGUUUGCCUUUGAUCUCAGCUGAAAGAUACAUGAUUUGUAAAUCACAAGACGUAACGCCAUAAGAUUAUCACCUCCUGACUUGUUGUGCGGUCGCUGUCAGUGUUGAUAAUGAAUCUGCUGGGAUCCACACGGCUUUGAUGCAAGGACUAACUUCAUUGUAAUCUGUAAGUUUAUUGCUCGUGUCUCUCUUUUUAGCCCUCAAGCAAGCUGAUAGCUGUUCAAAUCAAUGUAAAGUGGAAGAGAAGUGGUAUUGCCAUGCAUCACAAGCCCGACGUCAGAGUGUAAGAGGGUCAGAGCACUUUUAUGAGAGCUAGUGACAGCUUGUGGCCUUUUUGGCUUCAUGUAAAUACACUUCAGAGUUUAAAUAUUUAAACAGUGGCUAACUGUGCUCUUUGGGGAAUUUUUGGCAGCCCCUGAUGUAGAAGUAAACCGUCAGGAUUACAAAUGAUUUUGUGGAUAAAGUGAUGUUAUGUUUUAUAAGAUAACUUAUUUGUCACAGCCAAGUGAUCUGACAUGCUGCACUAGAGACUGAACCUGUUUAUUAUUAUUUUUUUUUACAGUGUUGGAAAAGUGUUUCUCUAUAUUCUGAAGAAAGACUUGAGACCUUUUGAGAUCUAGAGUUUGGUUUUGAAGUCACAAUGAAAUGGAAUUUCUGAGAGCGUCUUGCUCCUGAAUUUGACUAAUUUGUGGCUGAAAAAGGAGAGGAAACAAAAAAGAAAGAAACUGCAUGGGUGGAUUGAAACACAUUAUAACACUAUAUAUCCAAAGUUUGUCCACAUACGUGUGUACUUUUUGCCUGGGACUGUUUUCAUGGUUUGGGCUCCUGCAUACAAUGGUAUUUUCAAAGGAAAAGGGCAUAUUUGGGACAAAAUCAGAAUUUAUAUCUGUUUUUCUACUGUUUUAUCUAAAAAAAACCCCAAAUAUGCUAUAGAACUGUAAGUUUUUUCUGUAAAUACAGCAUGCAAAACAUGCAGUAAAGUACAAAACUGAACAACAGAUGCUGCACUCUGGUGUAAUUUUUUGUGUAUUUAUGUAUUUAGUGGUUUAUUUAAUAGGGAUACAUUGCAGUAAAUGAGCCAGAAUUAGCCCUAAGGCUAAACAACCUGCGGUCCCAUUUCUUGUAAUCUUUGUCACAAAGAAACCACCAACUGAGCAAUGUUGGGCCAUGUUUUAUUUCAUUGUGACUUUAAGAGCAGCUAUUGCUGUAAGGUAAUGAGGAUUAUAGUUUCUGGUUUAUUUACAUUUCCCCUAUAGGCACCAGCUACUGUCAGGGGGAUCAAACGUCCCACUGACUCUGCUGCCCCCAAUAUGUUCUAUUUAUAUAGCAUUUUUCUAUAUAACAGUAUGUCUUAUGUAUUCAGUAUCUGCUAUAAAAAUGUUAUUUCCUGUAAAGUGCUGACAUGUUUUAUUCCUCCUCCCGAUUUGUUGUGAAAGAUGCUCCACCGACAGACUUAAACUGCAUGAUUCUGGUUCAUUCUGAAUCGAUAGUCCUGUCUCAUGAUGCUACUGAGCGCAAUUUACUGAUUUUACUCCUUGUCUUAGUAUGCUAACUACUGUUGUGCACAGAUAUCUUGUUUUAUGAGGGCCAAGAGUUCCUGUUUGUUCCUGUACAGUUUUUGUCAGAAAACAAGAAUGACCUGCAGAAAACCUUCUGGCACGCCUGUGAUCUUUUCGUGUCACUGCUGUCGGGACAAAAUUGAUGCAAAUCUGCAAAAAGUGAAGUUUUGUUAGGAGUUUAAAAUAACAACAACAUUUUUCUUUUUAAAGUUAUGGAAACAGAGUUCAUGAAGUUUCAAGAAGUAAAGCAUCAAAGGUCUCAAAGUAUAAAUGACUGUGAACAGUUUUGUGUUAUUUUCUCUCGUCAGCAGUGUGAUGCUGCUCAACAGUGGAAGUUAGUGCAAUACAGCAUGCUGGUUUUCCCCCAAACCACAACAAAUCAAUAAUAGUAGAAGAAAAGUCUGAAUGAAAGGGCUUUUGGUAUCUUUACUCUGGUUGAGCCGUUUGCUAUUCAGCAUGUGAUCUGUACAAGUUACUUUGAAAAUCUCCUGCAGAUUAUUGUAAUUGUGUGAUUAAAAUGAAAUAUUCUGAUGUUACUGUGUUUUGGAUUGAUUUGGUACUAAAAAACCUGCAAAUGCACCAUCAAACUCUUUAUUGCAGUACAAUUGGGAAGACCUAAUCUAAUCGAGAUUAACUAUCCUUGCUUAAUCCCUUAGCAACCCAGAAUCCAGGAUGGGAGGAGGACUUGUUAAUACAUUCAGUAUUGAGCCUGGUUAGGAGACACUUUUCCAAUAUUGUUAAAAAAAAUUUAAAGUUUGACUUUUUUUGUAUUUUACAGCACAUUGAAAACAGGUUUGCAGCUCAUUUAUGAUCACUACAGAUAACUGUACUGGUUUGAAUUACUUGUCUUUUUUUAGCUGUAUUUUCUUAACCGUGUAUAUUAGCAUAAAAUAAAACUGUAGCAUUCCUUCUCCAUCCUCACAGACAAACAGAGGAGACAAAAAUGAGCAAGAAGAACUCGUUUUUCAACUUGCUUAUUUCAGGCUUCAGAAAUGAGAACAGCUCCUACAAAAAUGUCGAGUGGUGGCAAGAUCACACUUCACAAAUGAUGGUUCCAAAACAUUUUUCAGGGCUCUUGCAUGGAAAUGUUUGGGUUUGUUUUAUUCAGUGAAACGUGUCCCAAUAAAUCCACAAGGAAAUCGGAUCAUGAUGCAAACUGCAGCUUACAUUUGGCAGCCAGGUUGCUUAUUUUAUGACAGUGCAUACAAAACCAAAAAAUAAUAGUGGAGAAAUUACGUAGACUUAAGCCACGGCACAGUGAAGUUCAUCAACACAUCCCAGCAAAAUAGGUGGUGCUAUGUAGCUAUGUGAUGUAGUGACUACUUGUGAACUAUUGUAGCUGAAGUGCUAACGAGCCAGAGAACAUGCUUGAGCAGUUGGCAAGCUAGACAGAACAAUAUGUUCUCACAGUUUAUUCAAGACGCAUUCAUAACAUUGUCUCCUGUAAAAAAAGACAUUCCCCUACUAUAGUACGGUUUGUACUCCGGCAGAAGAGGAUAAUAUAGAAUAUGUAUUUAUUGUACAACACAGCAAAGAAUCUAUCAGAAAUUUCUUUACUGGUCAACGGUGCAAAUUUGUGUGUUGAAGUUCAUCAAAGUUGGAACUUGCGAAACAUUUGAGUUGAUUUACUUGUGAGUGAAUCUGCUGAACAGAUGAUUUUUCCGCAAAUUUUUGCCGUUAUAAAAGCUGGUGUUCCUGGGCCUUUCUGAAAAAAACAAAAAAAUCAACUGACUGUACACUGUUUUUGUACACUGACUUGUGCUCCUGGAUUAAAUCAUUUCAGACAA